CGCUUCGGAAGAGAAGGGAGGUGUUUGCCGCCGCCGCGGGGACUUGGUGCCGGGUGGCUGCUGGCUGCGGCUCCCGUCCCAUCAGUGUCCCGUUCGGGACGGCAGCGGAGAUGUCCGGCGGGGGCAGCCGGCGGCGGGCCGGCCCCUCCUGGCACAGCACCUUCUCCCGCUUCUUCGUCAGGAGCUCACCCGGCGAGGUGGCAGCGGCGCCGGGGCGGCCGGCGGGCGCGAACAGUUCUGAAAACAAAGGAAAUGAGGCCAUAAAGAGCAACCAAAAGGAAAGCACAACUCUACCUGCAUUUUUGAAGGUUUGUCAAAAUGAAGAGAAGAACCAUUCCACAGAAGAACUUAGCAAGUCUGAAAUCCAGGAGGAGCUGAAAAAGGCUAAUAGCCUUCCUAGUUUGACUCCUGGAACCAAAGCAACCGAUAAAGACAAGCAACCCCGAGAAGGCUUUUUUCAUUUUCUUGGAAGCUUAUUUAACAUUGCAACAAAAUCAUCUUCGGUAGAAUCUAAACCUUCUACCUUCCAAAAUGAGCCCAACAGAUGUGAAAAGGAUUUACAGAACACAAAUACCCUUCCAGAGGACAUGCAGCCAAAGUGUCCAAAAAUUGAAGAACCUAUCUGUUCUACAGCUAGAAUAAAAGAGGAUUCUGUAAAUAAAGAUGGUGCCUACUUAAAUAAUAUUGGAAAAGAUAUCUCACAGGAUCUGCAAGGAAGCUGGAAACGAUCUGCAGAUGCACAAAAGCAGACACAACGGAAGCCAGAAGCACCUGCGGUCACUUAUGCAACAUAUCGAGGUUCUGCAAGGAUUAGGCAGCUACUGAAGAAUCAAUUGGAAAUGGCUGGAAAAGGAGAAGAAAGUACUGAGAACAGAAAUGGUUCAAUGAUCAAAGAAAAUAGAGAAAUCCAAACAACUGUCUCCCCAAAAUCAGAACACUUAAAGGAAAAUGGAGAAGAUGAGGUUAAAGAUCACAAGGAUGAUGUCAUAGUAAAUUCUUCUGCAGCUAAAAUGGGAAUGGCAAAGUCUCAUAAAGCUCAGCAUUGCUUGGGUAGCAGUAAACAUGAAAUAACUUCAAAGACCAAAACUCCACCUACUGAGUCAUCUCAUGAGAUAGACUUAAAACAUACAGCUACGAUAGCUGCAACAACAGUUAAAAGGACAUAUUCACUAGAUUCAUUACUGUCAUCUAGCAGUAGAAACAAUGAGAUCCUAACCAAUUCUACAUUGAUUCAUGUAAGUUCUGCAAGAGAGUUGGUUAGAAAAGAAGCUGGACUGCUGGAAGGAGCAGAAGCUCAGUUUCAGGAAGAGAAAAGUGCCACUUCUGAGUCUGACGAAGAAAAUAAUUGUAGUAAAGCAGCUAAUAAGGAGUCCACAAAAGAAAUGCAGGAUGAUUGUCUACAUUCACCCAAAUCAAAAUAUAAGACAGUUAACGAAGAACUACAGAUGAGUAAGGGAGAAUAUUGCUGCAAUCAUCAAAUGGAUAGUCACUCGGAGAGAACAUUGGAUGUCCAGGUGCAUCAUUCCAGUAGCGCUACAUUUCAGCAACAAGCAGAUCAGCGUACAGUUAGUGUGAGUGACGAUAAUGAUCCAAGACAAAGUGGUAUACAGAAAAUUGUGGCUACUGUGGAAAGAGAGCACAAUUCACAGAACUGUAUUGCUACUGCACUUUUACCUUCUAUUGAACAAGUACCCACUUCACUAAGCGCAGAGUCCAGGGGGGAAAAAUGCAUAUCUGCAGGUAAUCUAACUGCUUCGGUGUCAUCUAUUAAAAACAAUGAAGAUACAGUCAUGGGCAGGGGGACUUGUAAUGAAGAACUGUGUGAGUUAGGGAAAAUAAUACAUGUACAAAAUAAUCACCAGUUGAUCCAUGUGGAGAAUUCUAAGGAUACUGCCAUGCUGCAGACUGGUUUACCUUGUCUAGAAACUGAGAGUGUGGAAACAAUGAAGGUUUUACCUGAGGAUGCAGUGGAAAGCCUUGCCAAUGUUUUGUCAUGCAUACACAGGUGUGAGAGUACAAAAUCUAAUUUUGAUGAGCUGACAGCACCUCUCUCUGUUUCUUCUGAGUCUUCUUUUGAAAAUGGAGACUGUUGUUCAACUUCUCUUCAUCCUAGUUGUAAGACCAAAAAUAAAACUAUAGGGAGAAGAGAAGUCAGUUUAGAAGAUGUGAGAGAGACUGCUUCUUGUCCCGAUCUUGACUGUGAGAAGAACAAAUCCUUUGAGCCUGUAGAGAUGAGCAUCUUGGAAAGCCCAGUUCCUGUCCACGACUGUGGCUGUGUUUCCCUUGAAACUGUUCAAGGCAUUGGUGCCAAAGCAUUAGUUACACUCAAAGAAGAUAACACAGCAAAGCCUGUACCUCGCCCUUCAGUCAGCAUUGACAGGACAGACAAUAAUACUCUUGCUGCUUCUAAACUUGACAAGACUGGUACGACUGAGGUUGCUCUCGUUCCUUCUAAGCAUAAGGAUUGUGUCUCUGAACUUUACUCUAGUAUUUCUAAGUCGCAAGGAAGCAUUCAGGAAGUUUCUCAUUCUGUCUUAAAAUACAGAGAAAGACCUUCAACCAACCAUUCUGCUUUUAUAUGUGAAAAAGUUGUUGAUGUAGACAUAAUUUCUAAAUCUGCACCUGUUUCUGAAGAUAGGUGUAUUAAUUUUUCUUCCAAGAAGGAAAACUGUAGUAACCCUAGGAUAUCACCCACAGUACUAGAUUAUUCGUCUGACAGCCAAGGAAAAACGCCUUUUCCUGCCACUAGCCAUGAAAAUGGCCAGACUGCUAGAUGGCGUGCUGCUUCUGAACAGGACAGCUUUAUUUUUCCACCUGCUGAGUUUAGGAGAAUAAUCCCUGAGGACAGAACGACCGAGGUGCCACCUUGCUCAGGAGACCAAAGAGCUUCAUGCCUGGCUGGCUCUCUGGAACCUGAGCUUACUCCAGCUAUGCUUCCUCUCUCUGCUGCUGGAGUAGAUGUGAGGGGCGUUUGCAUCCCCAGGCCCUCUUCACCUGCUCUGAGAUCCGGAGGAGCCUCCAGCCUUUCCGUUCCUGCCUUGGAAAAGCUGGACAUUGCUCAGGGGAACAGUUAUUCUUCCAGGCCCAGAGCUGGUGAUGAGGCAGAGGAGGCCUCCUCCGCUCAACAGGCUGAUGUCGGUGUCUUGGCAGAGGCAAUGCCAUCACCUGUCCAUCCUUUGAAAUCUUUGGAAAUGGCGUCACAGUCAUUCUGUACUGAGGGUGCGAACAGAAAUGCUGUGGGGCAGGUGAGUCUUGGUUGCCGUGCUUCUGCUGUUUCAGAAGCCCCUUCUGUGAUGCAUGAUCGAACAACUGCUGUACCUUCAGAGUCAAAUGAGCUCUGUUCUGAGGAGAUAUGUGAAGAUGAUGAUGUGAAGGGAAAAGAACAGACUAAAUUCUAUGAUGCGGCUGUUUUGUUUAAAAAGGCUGAGGAAAUUGUGGACUCAGUUUUACACUUGGCUAUAGAAGAAAUAAUAGCAAAACAAGCCAUUGGUGUCUGCCAGCUUUGCAGGAGCAAGGAUGGUUUAAUAAAUACAGAUAUUCUAAAUGAUCGAAAAGUGGGAACAGGACAGCUGGAAGCAGAAGAAAUCCAGUCAGCUGUGCAGUCAUUAAAACAUUUUAAUGAGAGCAGAGGAGGAGGCCCAUCUUCAUUUACAGGACAUGAAACAGUGGAUACAAAUAGUCAAGAUGAAAAGCUAGUAUCUUCCUUCCCUGAUAAAACUGACCUACAUAGUGCACUAGCACUAAAAGCAAAAGAAAUAAUUGAUGAAGUCAUUUAUUCAGCCAAACAAAAACUGGCAUCCAAUCAGUGGCAAGGCAACAAAAGCAAAAGGUCUUUUGAAAAGAUUGAGCCUAAACCUAAGGCAGAAACCCCAAAGAUUUUAAACGUGGAUAUGAAGUUACCAGCCAAAAUACAGGAACCAACAGAGAAGGAGAAAACUCAGCAUGUAGUUGUAAACUGUGAAAAGGCAGAUUGCUCAGGUCUUCCUUUACUUCCAGAUAGUAUGGAAAAUGGCAUAGAUUGGUACCAAAGAGGUGAAAAGAUACCAAAUAAUGCAUUUAUAUGUCAAACAAAUGGAUUUCUACCCACUGGUAGUUUUGCAAAGCCAGAAUCAGAUCUUAUGACACCAGCCACAGAGAAGUAUGAUAGAAAGACGUGUGAACAUCCGGCUGCAGCAGAGUUGUGUGGCAAAGCUGGAGUAUCAGCAACUAGUAGAAAAACUAAUGGAUCUUCACCUUCAAUACAUAGAGACACAACUGUGACUGAAGAGAUGCUUCCGUCAUUGCAGUCAAAAGAUUCAUACAAUAAUACAAAUGUGCCAGAAUGCACAUUGCUGCCAACUGUAAACAUUAAUUUGUCAUCUUCUAUGCCUGAUGAAGAAUGUACUAGCAUGCACAGUGAAUCAAAAGACAAAAGCAGUCCUUGGGGUUUUCUGGAAGGCUGUGCAGAGGACAGUCCAUAUGAUGACUGGGGAAGAGGGGCUGCAGAAGAAGUACCUGCAGAAGUACAAGCAACCUUAGAAGAUUCAAAGGCAGUGGAGAGUGAAGAAAAACUAGCAGAAGGGGCAAGUAAGAUAGCAGAGGUUAAUGAUGGAUUACAAACACAGUUCACUGUACCUGAAUUGUCUGUGAUUGUAGAGGACAGCGAAGGGAAAAACUACUUCAACACCAUUUUUGCCCAAAAUAAUGAGAAUCCGAAGCAGGUACAAAUGGAGGAUCAAGACAUGAAGAGAAACGAUCAGUGUGAAGAAAAUGAUCUGGACUGUAGCAAUAAUGUGAAGGAAUCGACGAAUCUUACAGCCUUUUCUCCACUAAUUGAACAGUGGGAAAACAAUUCUUUUACUAUCAUUUAUGAAAGUGCCCUUCAAACUGAGAACAAGUCUGUCUCAACUGAUGAUAUGCAAACUGGUUCCCUUUCUUCUUCUAUUCUGCCUUUGGAUAAUAUAGGUCAUCUAAUGGGUGAAAGAGCGAAGAAUAAACAUGAGCCAGCCUGUCUUUAUGGGAAGGAUAACAAGUUAACUGAAGCAACAGAUAGUCAUAGCUCAGCGUCAUUUCUGAGUGUAGAGGCCAAGCGCUAUAGAGUAUAUCCUUUCUCUUUGUCUCCAAUAUACGAAGACGACAGCUCCCAAGAAGACUUACUUUCCACAGAUGUGUCGCCAGAAGGCCGUCCUAGUGGAGUGUCUAAAGAUAACAUGGACCAUGCUUCUGUGCUAUCGCUUCUUCAGUCGGUUUCUGAGCGACUACAGUUUACUACUCAGUUCAGUAAAGAGGACGAGGAGGAGGAGGGAGUGGAGGACGAGGAGGAGGGAGUGGAGGACGAGGAGGAGGAAGAAUCAUCAUAUGAAGAAAGUAUGCUUGAUGUUGAGAGACAAGAAGAAUGUAUUUCCACUCAGUGGAGAGGGAAUUUAAAAACAACCCUUCAAUCAAAUGACCAAACUAGAUCUUUGUUUCCUGAACAAUCACCUCUGCUUUCAGAAGAACAGCUUGACUCUAAGGAGCAACCAGAACUGUUUCCAGAUGAGGCUUCUCUCAGUCAAACACCUUGUAAGCCAGUUUCACAGAAAGCUGAUGCUGCUCUGAAGUGUCCUUCAACAAGUGUGUACUACCAGUAUUUGCAAUCUGCCAGCAAUUGCUCCUCUGAAAAGGGAACCAGGUUUGGAAGCAUUCUCCAGGAUAUGUUACAGCCAAAGAUUCACUGGCCUCAGGACAACACCAUGCCAAAACUGGGAGAAGUGUCAGCGAACCUCAUUGACAGGGCAAGUCUCAAAUACAAUCCAAGACCGGGAAAGAUUAUUAUUUAUGAUAUUUAUGGCGAUAAAAGUAAACAAGAAGUUCAUUCUGAUGUGCUAGAUACCACGUCCUGGAUCUUUCCCAUUGGAGCCUUACUUAGGAUAAUUAGAGGAUGCUGGAUUUUUUAUGAGAAGCCAAAGUUCCAGGGUCGGAAAUAUGUACUAGAAGAAGGAGAGACUGUGCUGGAUCACCUUUGGGAUCUUCCAGGCAUGAAACAACGUCGAAGAAACCUCACAGUUGGUUCAAUCAAACAUAUAACAAAGGACUGUGGUGUUCCAGAGGUAGAGUUCUGCCUGGCAGCUGGCGGUACAGAGGCACUUCCAAUCUGCAUACAGAGUGCAGUUGCCAAUUUAGAAGAACUGGAUGUUGAGAAAAACCCUUAUAUAAAAGUCAAAUCGGGAGUAUGGCUUGCUUAUUCAGACUUUAAUUACAAGGGAGAGAUGAAGGUUUUGGAAGAAGGCGAUUCACCAUCUGAAAUUCCUUCAGCAGAUGUAAAAUCUCUGCGUCCCUUAAAAAUGGGUGGACUAAAGGUACAAAUGCCAAUGGAUGUCAAGAUAAUAGUAUAUGAGAAAACACACUUCGGAGGAUGGUCAAAAGAGUUUUCAGAAAACAUCAGUUCUGUCCCAGCCCUGUUUGGUAGUGAAGAAGAGUUUCGGGAAAUUGGAUCAAUACGUGUAAUUGGUGGAGUAUGGGUUGCCUAUGAUAAGGAGCGGUACAAAGGCCAUCAGUACUUGCUGGAGGAGGGAGAUUAUGAAGACAGACGCUCAUGGGGGGGAACUGACAGUGUCCUCCUGUCUUUCCGGUUCCUUCAGGCUGAUUUUAUAGAGUCGUCAGUGUCGCUUUUUCAGUCUGAUGAUGAAGAUGGUAAAGCGUUAGACAUCGUCAAUGAAGAAAUCCCUGAUUUGGAGCUGGCUGGAUUUGGUCCAGAGACAAGAUCGGUUCUUGUGAAAAGUGGAGUGUGGGUCGCAUAUCAGCAGAAAUAUUUCUGUGGAGAGCAAUAUGUGUUGGAGAAAGGAAAAUACAAAUGUUUCUUUGACUGGGGAGGAUCUAGUAAAAUCAUCAUGUCAAUUCGACCUAUUAAGUUGGAACCACUUGGAACGAGUGAGCCUCCACAUUUGCUCAAAGCUUUCAGUAAUACACAUUUCCAAGGAGCAUGUAUAGAUUUCACAGCAGAAGUUUCUGAUUUUACAUCAUUCAUACCAUGUUCUUUUAAGGUUCUUCGUGGAUGUUGGCUCUUGUAUUACCAAGGGGAAAUCGCUGACAAUCACUGUGUGCUGGAAGAAGGCCUCUACGUUGACCUCAGUUCCUGUGGCUGCCCGACCGCUACAAUCAAAUCCCUCAAGCCUAUUCAAUAUGUUUUUGCUGAGCCCUCCAUCAGCCUGUUCGCUCUGGAAUGCUGCAAGGGCAGAGAGCUGCACUUCAGUGAACCCGUCAAUUCUGUUUUGAAUGAGGACCUUCAUUUUUACACUCAGUCUGUAUGGGUGAGAAGUGGAUUGUGGAUUGCAUACGAAGGAUGUAAUUUUUUAGGGAAGCAGAUUCUCCUGGAGCCCAGUGAGAUUUCAAACUGGAAUGAACACAGCAGCUGGAAAGCCAUUGGCUCCCUUCGUCCCAUGAAGCAGCCGGCAGUGUACGUCAGAGUGAAGAACCAAGCCCAAGGUAAAUAUCUGACGGUCGCUGGAAGCCUGGCAGAUAUAAGAGCAACAUCAGUGUGCGCAGCGCCGUAUAAUGGCAAGAAUACCCAGAUCUGGCACUACUGCCGUGGACUCUUCAAAUCCAAGGCUAACAAUGCAUGUCUGGAUGUCAUUGGUGGCAGAGAUGUGCCUGGGGCCAAAGUCGUGCUCUGGGCUGAACAUGGAAAGGACAGACAGAAGUGGAGACUCAAUGAGGAUGGAACCAUCAGUUCAUACCUCAGCGAUCAGCUGGUGCUUGAUAUUAAAGGAGGAAAUUAUUAUGACAAGAAUCACAUCAUUAUGAAUGAGCCAAUAGAUGACAAACGGUCACAAAAAUGGGAUAUUGAAAUAUUGUGAGUAAAACCCACCACGCAGAUGGACUUUGGGAUAUUAACACCUAGAGGAGAAAAAAACCCACACUACUGAAGUCACACACCACUGGAACCUUAAGCAGCAACUCCUCUCUACUUUCCUUCAUGCCAAGCACCAACUCCUGAAAUAACUGAAUUUUGCACAAAUCCAGAAGAUGGGAGGUUGAUCUGAUGUCUGUCUGCAGGGAAGCUGAUUCUUUAGAAGCCACUUCUAUGAAAGUCACCAUUACUCUUCAUCUGAAGUAUUGACAGUGAAUGCAAAAGACCAGACAUAAGCUUUGCAGGAUGCAAAUGGCAAGAGAUAAUAUGGUAAUAUGAGAAAGGUAAUACGAAAAUACUAUAGAAGUGUUGUCUUUACCUCCCUCUUAAACUGAUGGAAGCUCACUGAGGAAUUAAUGCACUAAUGAGCCUGAAAAAAGUUGGGUUGGACUAUUGUGUCCCAAGUGAAACGGUGCAGGCUCCAAGCGAUCCUGAACCUGAAAUCAUGUCUUGCUAAAAUGCAAUUUAUUUUGUUCAUUAAGACAACUUUGAACUGCAGUUACCAGCUCAGCAUGUAAGAUGGAGCAGUAGAAACAACAACUUGCACAUCCCUAAUGUUACUGGUAGGCUGUUGCUUUUAUUACUUUCAACAAUACCAAAUUUCCAGAUUCGGAACUGGUUUUGUUGACCCGUGGCCUGUUCCCAAUCCAUGAAACUGGGAGUUAUCACUGAAGGUCACAUUUAACAUGGAGCCAUAUGUGCAUGUAUUAGAAGAGAAUAAACAGUCCUGGGUCAGGCUAGACUUCUACAAGGGCUACCUGCUUUUAGAGCAGUCGUGAUUUUAACUCUAGCUGUAUUUUGUUUUGAUGUAUAUAGAUUAAUUUAAUACAAUGUAAUUUCAUCUUGAAACCAUAUCUUCCUUCAGAAAAUAUUUUGCCCUAGUAUAUAUUUUCAAAGGUGCUAGCAGCCUGCAUUUCAAUGCUUGCUUCACGUUAGAAGACCAGCGUAACUGCAUGUUAAGCGUUACUGUGGCUCAUCACCAUCUAUGUCUUAUCCCAAAGGGUGAAGACUUGGAGCAAGGGUCAGAGCUGGGCCUGUCCCUGCCCCUGCUUGCUGCAGUGUCAGCACUCCAGCUGUCCCCCGAGACAGCCAGGGCCAGGGACCCGGCCGUGCUGCAGCUGUUGCAGCCUCAAACAGCAGGUUCCUCAGACAACACUGACAAAUACAGAGGGAACUGCAGAUGUGUGUAGGGCUGUGGACACCUGCCAUGGAAGAGAGGUCCCUUAGUUCGCUCACUGGUAACUUGAUUUGAUUUCAGUGUCACUACAUUGAUCUACUCCAUUGAAAAUGUAAGGGUUUUUCCUUAUUUGUAUAUUCAGGGUUAUGUAUUUCUAUAACUAUUUAAAGAGUUGAGGUUUGCUAAAGCCAGUAUUUUAGUUUCCCAAAGUUGUAACUAUUCCAGUUGUGCAUUCAAAAAGGAUUCAUCCCCAAACAAACACAUAACCCUAAAUUUGCCACAGAAAAAAAAUAUAUGGAUGUCUAUUUUUGUAUGAAAUGGAGUUCUGUAUAGUACUAUUUAAGAAGAAAAACUACUUGCACUUACUAUUUUACAUUCUAAAAUUAUCAUAAAUCUGCUGUUUAAGUAACAUAUCUUCAAAUAUAUGUAUAUAUUUUUCCAACUAAAGCACUUGUUUAGCUUUUUGUAUGUAAGUCAGUAUAUCAAAUGUUCUAUAUGUGACUUGCUAUCCAUCCGAAAUUUUAAAAGCCUGUGUAAAAUGUUCUAAUAUUUUAAACCAAGAAGGACUCAGUAAAGCAGGCUUUUGUACUCAAGAGAUCUGGAAUGUAAAAUGCUAAACAUGUAUGUUUUAAUUGUAUAAAAGUUUUUUUUAGGAGGAACAUUUUGCUGCUUGUUUUCUUCUUAAACUAAACCCCACAGUUUUUAACAGACAUCAAGGACAUUCUUCCUGUAAAGUAUCUCCUUUCAAAUGGAGAAAAAAGGGAUAAAAGUAUAUUGAGUAUGUGACUGUGCAUGCAAACAUGAGUUUGCAUAUUAAACAUUGAUGUUCAAGUAUUAAAAUCCCAUCAAACCCCA